GGCAGCGGCACGUCGGGGCGCGGCGGCGGGUCCGAGCGCGGCGCCGGGCGGUGCUGACCCGGCCCCGGGGAUGCACCUGAACGCCACGGCCCCGGCCGUGCCGGGCGGCCCCCUCCACCUCUACCCCAGCGGCUAUGCCAACGCCUCCAACCGCUCCGACCUGCUCCCCAAAGGGCCUGACGAGGAGGACCUGGACGUCAACACAGACAUCUACUCCAAAGUGAUGGUGACCGUCAUCUACUUGGCUCUUUUCUUGGUGGGCACCGUGGGCAACUCCAUCACGGCGUACACGCUGGUGCGCAAGAAGUCGCUGCAGAACCUGCAGAGCACCGUGCACUACCACCUGGCCAGCCUCGCCUUCUCCGACCUCCUCAUCUUCCUCCUCUGCAUGCCUAUCGAGCUCUACAACUUCAUCUGGGUCCAUCACCCCUGGGCUUUCGGGGGGGCCGUCUGCAAGGGCUACUACUUCCUCCGGGACGCCUGCACCUACGCCACGGCGCUCAACAUCGCCAGCCUCAGCGUGGAGCGCUACAUGGCCAUCUGCCACCCCUUCAAAGCCAAGAGCAUCAUGUCCCGCAGCCGCACCAAGAAGUUCAUCAGCUGCAUCUGGAUCGCCUCCUUCCUCCUCGCCAUCCCCAUGAUCUUCACCAUGGGGGAGAUCUACGGCAAGGACCAGAAUCCCGACUCCCUCAUCUGCACCACCAUCGUGGACGCCUCCACGCUGAAGACGGUCAUCCAGGUCAACACCUUCAUCUCCUUCGUGUUUCCCAUGGUCAUCAUUUCUGUGCUCAACACCAUCAUCGCCAACCAGCUCAUGGUCAUGUUCAAGCAGGCUGCCCAGGAAAACCAGGUCUGCACCAUCGGCGGGCAGCAGACGAUGCUCAGCAUGUCGAUGGAGCCCAGCCGCGUGCAAGCCUUGAAGCACGGCGUGAGGGUCCUACGUGCUGUGGUGAUUGCCUUCGUGGUCUGUUGGCUCCCUUAUCACAUACGGCGUCUCAUGUUUUGCUACGUCCCCUCCAGUCACUGGACAGAUUUCCUGUUCAACUUCUACCACUACUUCUACAUGCUGACAAACGUCCUCUUCUACGUCAGUUCGGCAAUCAACCCCAUCCUCUACAACCUGGUGUCUGCAAACUUCCGACAGAUCUUCCUCUCUACACUCACACUCCUGUGCCUGCCAUGGAGGAAGAAGAAGAAACGACUGGCCUUCACCAGGAAAUCCAACAGCAUCUCCAGCAACCACACGUUUUCCAGCCAGGUCACAAGGGAAACUACAUACUGAAGCCAAAGGACGAAGGGAAAUGCAUUUCAUCGUGGGGUCAAAACUUGUGAGGGGCCUCUGUGGCUUUCAUGCAUGGUCUCCAAAUUCACGUAACACAAGUGUGUUUAGCAAAGUCAUUUUUGUUGGAAAAAUAGGCUU